UCCUAGCCGACGCCCAGGCGGCCGCGCGGCAGGAAUCAGCACUGAAGGUUCUGGGGACAGAUGGCCUCUUUCUCUUUUCCUCGCUGGACACGGACCAGGAUAUGUACAUCAGCCCAGAGGAGUUCAAACCCAUUGCAGAGAAACUGACAGGGUCAGUUCCUGCAGCCAGCUAUGAGGAGGAGGAGCUCCACCAUGAUCCCAGUGAGGAGACUCUCACCAUAGAAGCCCGAUUCCAGCCUCUGCUCACAGAGACCAUGACGAAGAGCAAAGAUGGCUUCCUAGGGGUCUCCCGCCUUGCCUUGUCAGGCCUCCGCAACUGGACGACUGCAGCCUCGCCAACCGCAGUGUUUGCUGCCCGCCACUUCCGGCCCUUCCUGCCCCCUCCAGGUCAGGAGCUGGGCCAGCCCUGGUGGAUUAUCCCUGGUGAGCUGAGUGUCUUCACAGGCUAUUUGUCCAACAACCGCUUCUACCCACCGCCGCCCAAGGACAAGGAGGUUAUCAUCCACCGGCUGUUAAGCAUGUUUCACCCACGCCCCUUCGUGAAGACGCGCUUUGCCCCUCAGGGCACCGUGGCCUGCCUAACUGCCAUCAGCGACUCCUACUACACGGUGAUGUUCCGGAUCCAUGCCGAGUUCCAGCUCAGUGAACCUCCUGAUUUCCCCUUCUGGUUCUCGCCGGGCCAGUUCACUGGCCAUAUCAUCCUGUCUAAAGAUGCUACACACAUCCGUGACUUCCGGCUGUUCGUGCCCAAUCACAGGUCCCUGAAUGUUGACAUGGAGUGGCUGUAUGGGGCCAGUGAGACCAGCAACAUGGAGGUGGACAUCGGCUACAUACCCCAGAUGGAGCUGGAGGCCACGGGCCCCUCAGUGCCCUCUGUGAUCCUGGAUGAGGAUGGCAACAUGAUUGACAGCCGCCUGCCCUCGGGAGAACCCCUCCAGUUCGUGUUUGAGGAAAUCAAGUGGCACCAGGAGCUGAGCUGGGAGGAAGCUGCCCGGCGCCUAGAGGUGGCCAUGUACCCUUUCAAGAAGGUCAACUACCUGCCAUUCACAGAAGCCUUUGACAGGGCCAAGGCCGAGAACAAACUUGUGCAUUCCAUCUUGCUGUGGGGAGCCCUGGACGACCAGUCCUGCUGAGGUUCGGGGCGGACUCUCCGGGAGACUGUCCUGGAAAGCCCGCCCAUCCUCACGCUCCUCAAUGAGAGCUUCAUCAGUACCUGGUCCCUGGUAAAGGAACUGGAAGACCUGCAGGUCCAGCAGGAGAACCCACUCCACAGGCAGCUGGCAGGCUUGCACCUGGAGAAGUACAGCUUCCCUGUGGAGAUGAUGAUCUGCCUGCCCAACGGAACUGUGGUUCACCACAUCAAUGCCAACUACUUCCUGGACAUCACCUCCAUGAAGCCGGAAGACAUGGAAAGCAAUGCCUUCAGCUUCUCCUCCACCUUUGAGGACCCAUCCACAGCCACCUACAUGCAGUUCCUGAGGGAGGGACUCAGGCGUGGCCUGCCCCUCCUCCAGCCCUAGGGAGCCUAGAGUCCUAGAGAAACUGGACCUGGUGAGAACCUGGCAGACAGAUUCCACACCCUGGAGCCACAAUGCCCUCCAUCAGUUUCACACUGGAAAUGGCCUCCACGUCACUCCCAGGCUGCCUAGGGAAGUCAAAGGCCAACCGAGGCUGCUCCCUUCACUUAGCCUGAAUGAAGGUGGUUAGGUAAAGGGCCUGGCUGAGUGUGUGAAUGACCUGCUGCCACUACCAGUUCUUCCGUUCUCACCGGGCUUCCCAAGCCUCAAGUUCCCCAAAACAGGGUCUGGGGUGAUCUCCGUGGCCCUUCCACACAGCGAUGUAGUUCAGGGCCUUGGUGCUGGGAAGACGACAGACUGCCCCUUCUUUCUUGGCUCCCCUCUCAAGUCAAAGGAAUUCAUGAGCUUGGCCCUGGGUGCCAGGCUGUCAGCCCCAUGCCUGUUUGGCGCCUUCUACCUUGGCCAUACCCCAGGCAGCUUUCUGUGCCCAGUGCCCCCAGCUUGGAGUCGUUGUCAGCCGGAGACAGCUAUGGAAGUCUGUGUGCAGGGCCCGUCUACAGAAGCAGAGACCAUAUUGUCACACUGCCCCCCUUCAGAGCUCCUCAUGGACCCAGCGGCCUGAGUCCAGUCCUGUUUUGGGGAGUUGAAGUUCACUGUGAAGUAGGUUGUACUUCAGUGAUGGGUUAUAGGGCGUGGGGUCCUACUGCCUGCCCCUAGGUUUAUGACAGGACCGUUGGAGUCAUUGUCUUCAUGACACCUCUGACCCUGACCCCUGCUCCGUAGAAGUGUAGCCCAGCCAAAGACCACAGCCUUCCCCACAGCCAGCACUGUCUAGGCCCUCAGGGUCCUGCGGACAGACUAUUUUACCACUGGGUGAUCACCAGUUCCCCUCGGCUACUCUUAGGGACUCGGUCCACAUCCUGAACCACUGACCAUGACCAGUCUUUUUUAUACACACAGAAAAGUGUUUUUAUAUGAACUUUCUCAUUUUAUAUUAACUUUGUCACAGUUUAUAUUUUUUAAAACUCUGAAUGCUGAGGAGAAAGAAGGGGGCAGUGACUUCCCCCAGCAGCAGCCGCAUGAUGGCUGGGUCUGAAAUCCCAGAUGGGUCCAGCCUGAUGUCCUCGCAGUUGCACGUGGGCGUGGGAAUACGCCCGUCUUCCUUCUCUUCUACCUUUUUUAUAAGCAGUCCUCCCGAAGGUCAGCCUUUCCCCAGCUCUGUCCUGCGCUGCACACUUGAUAUUAAUCUCAUUAAGGCCUUCUUGGCUCCACCCAGUUCCCUGCGUGCCCAGUUCUUUUCCCCUGUCCCACCAGGGGCUCAGCCUUCAGCUUGGCAGAGGAGGAAGGCUGGUAGCCGUUCCCUGAGCCUGGCCCCCCUGUCUGAUGCUGGAGUCACCCCACGGCGCCCACCUCAGAGUCUCUGGGAUGCCCUGCAGCAACCGCCCACGCUUUCUCAUUUAGUUCUCACAACAGAACAGGGAAUUGGAAAAUCACCCCAAUUUUCAGACCAAGGUGCUCGCAUCUUGGGGAAGCCAAGUGGCUUCUCAGGGCCACUCAGAGCUCUGGAGUUGUGAUUUAACUCCAUGUGACUCCAGCGGCUGUGUGUUGGUUUGGGGGUGCUUUGUUACCCCUACUCACUUCCCCCCAUGGUGGGAAGGAACUCCUCUAAAAUCAUGACUUCUGCAGGCGGUGGUGGUGCACGCCUUUAAUCCCGGCACUCGGGAGGCAGAGGCAGGCAGUUCUCUGUGAGUUCGAGGUCAGCCUGGUCUACAGACUGAGUUCCAGGACAGGCUCCAAAGCUACACAGAGAAACCCUGUCUCAGAGAAACAAAGAAAAUCAUGACUCGUGAUAUGACUGAACAGAGCAGGUACCAAUAGCUCUGCUCUGCCAGGUUCUCUGUGGGCGAGGGGGAAUAGGUUCUUCCAUGAACCCUACAGAGGAGGAGGGUACCUGAGCGCUUCACAGUGCCUCUGCCGUCUUGUAGGCAUGGUGCAUGUGUGUCACCCAGCCUCAGAAGGGAUCAGAGAGGAUUCCACAGUGACUGCUGGGGCUUUCUGGGUCUUCAGCUGAUACCACUGCACAUCCCCAGCUGCUAGCUUGUCACCCCUCUGUCUCUUUCUUGCCCCAUCCCUAGUAUGUCCUGUAAUAAAAUUGGAGCGUUGAAGGGA